UGUUUUGUGUUAAAGCCCAGAGCAGCAGCAGAGACCAGACUCUCCUAAACCUGAACCCAGAUGUGUGUCCAUCAAGAGCCACCGGUUCAUGGAUCCACCUUUAGUGUUUAAAGGAAAGCUUCCUGCAGGGACUCACAGGAAACCACGAUGACGGCAGUGGACCUUUUCAACACUCUGGAGGAUUUAAAAGAAGAUGAAUUUAAGAAAUUCAAAUGGUAUCUGCAGCAGCAAGACCUCCUAGAAGGCUACCAAAGUAUCAAAGUGUCCAAUCUGGAGACGGCAGAAAGGCAGGACACAGUGGAUGUGAUGGUUAAAACCUAUAAACUUCAUGGAGCUCUGAAGGUGACCAAGAAGGUUUUAGAGAUGAUCAACAGGAAUGAUCUAGUGCAGAGUCUGCCAGACACCAGCUCAGGACCAGAAGAGUCAUUGGAUGUCAGUGAUGUUGGAAAGACUUCAGAGAAUAGAGGAACUCCCUCCUCUCAGAGCAAAGUGGAUGCCAGUGGUGAUGAAGAAAGUAAAGACGGGAUGGUUCCGGUACCAAGGCCAGCACGGCACAUCUCAAAAUACCAAGAAAAGAUUCAGCCAAACCUCAUAGACCGUUACAUGCAACUACAAGAAGGGUUAACGGAGGUGAAACAACCUUUGGAUGAAAUGUACACACAUCUGUCUGUCACAACUGGGGGUGACGUACACAUCAACACACAGCAUGAGGUCGGGCAGAUUGAGACAGUGAAGCCAGCAGAUACAGAGACAACAAUUAAACCUUGUGACAUGUUCAAACACCCCUCUGGAAAAAACAGACCCAUAAGAACAGUGCUGACCAAGGGAAUCGCAGGAAUUGGAAAAACAUUUCUUGUGCACAAAUUUGUGUUCGACUGGUGUAAAAGAGAAACCAAUCAAGAUGUGCAUCUCAUUUUCCCCUUCACCUUUCGCGAGCUGAAUUCAUGGAAGGGAGUGAAUGUAUGUUUGGCAGAGCUCAUUCAUGAAUGUAUCUGGGAAACCAAAGACAUCAAGAAAGAAGCUCUUAAUCACAUCUUUACAGCUCUUCAGUCAUCAGGAAACACCAACUUUGACAAGAGUGAAUUCAAACUUCUGUUUGUUUUGGACGGACUGGAUGAGAGCCGCCUUGAUCUGGACUGCUCUACCAAUGAGAAUCAGGCAGUUAAAUUUGAUGUGACAGCGCCGACCUCAGUGGAUGUGCUGCUGACGAACCUCAUCAAGAAGAAACUGCUUCCCACUGCUCGUCUCUGGAUAACCACACGACCUGCAGCAGCCAAUCAGAUCCAUUCUGAUUUUGUAGACAUCACAACAGAGGUCAGAGGUUUCUCCGACCAACAGAAGGAGGAGUACUUCAAGAAUAGAUUCAGAAAUGAGGAGCAGGCCGGCAGAAUCAUCUCCCACAUCAAAACAUCACGAAGCCUCCACAUCAUGUGCCACAUCCCAGUCUUCUGCUGGAUCACUGCUACGGUUCUGGAGGAGGUGAUGAAAACCAGAGAGGGAGGAGAGCUGCCCAAGACCCUGACCGAGAUGUACGCAGAAUUCCUGGUGUUUCAGAUUCAUCAGACAAAAAAGAAGUAUGGCCGAAAAAAGUGCAUAGAGUACAUUAAGUCAUUAGCAAAACUGGCUUACCAUCAGUUGGAAAAGGGAAACCUGAUCUUCUACGAGAAAGAUCUAGAAGAGAGUGGCAUUGAUGUCAGUGGAGCCUCGGUGUGCUCAGGAGUGUUCACAGAGAUCUUCAAAGAGGAAAGUCGGAGAAAGAAUUACAAAAAAAAGAUGUUUAGCUUUGUCCAUCUGAGUGUUCAAGAGUUUCUGGCUGCUCUUCAUGUAGAGAGGGCAGUAAUUAACAGAAACAAGAAUGUGAUGUUUGGGCAAAGUUGGGUUGAACAAGGGCGAAUGAUUUUCAGCAAAAAAACUAUGAUGUCUAAUGUCCACAGGUUUGCUAUUGACAAGGCCUUACAGAGUCCAAACGGCCACCUGGACUUGUUCCUCCGCUUUCUCCUGGGUCUUUCUCUGGAGACCAAUCAGGAUCUCCUCAAAGACCUGCUGGCUCAUACAGAAAGUAGCUCACAGACCAAUCAGGAUACAGUCAACUACAUCAAGAAGAAUAUCAGUGAGACUCUGUCUCCAGAGAAAAGCAUCAAUCUGUUCCACUGUCUGAAUGAACUGAAUGAUCGUUCUCUAGUGGUGGAGAUCCAACGGGCCCUAAGAUCAGGAGGUCUCUCCACAGAUGAACUGUCUCCUGCUCAGUGGUCAGCUCUGGUCUUCAUCUUACUCUCAUCAGAAAACAACCUGGACGUGUUUGACCUGAAGAAAUACUCUGCUUCAGAGGAGGCUCUUCUGAGGCUGCUGCCAGUGGUCAAAGCCUCCAAGAAAGCUCUGCUGAGUGGCUGUGAUCUGUCAGAGAGAAGCUGUAAAGCUCUGUCCUCAGUUCUCAGCUCAGAGUCCUCUAGUCUGAGAGUGCUGGACCUGAGUAACAACGACCUCACGGAUACAGGAGGGAAGCUGCUCUCUGCUGGACUGGAGAGUCCACACUGUAGACUGGAGACUCUCAGUUUGUCAGGUUGUCUGAUCACAGAGGAAGGCUGUACCUCUCUGGCCUCAGCUCUGAGCUCCAACCCCUCCCAUCUGAGAGUGCUGGACCUGAGCUACAAUCAUCCAGGAGACUCGGGAGUGAAGCUGCUUUCAGCUGGACAGGAGGAUCCACACUGGAGAUUGGACACUUUAAGGCUGGAUCAUUGUGGAGAACAGAGGCUGAAACCUGGUCUAAGGAAGUAUUCCUGUGAACUCACACUGGACAUAAACACAGCACACAGAAGACUCAAACUGUCUGACAACAACAGGAAGGUGACAAAUGUGAAGGAGGAGGAGCAGCCAUAUCCUGAUUAUCCAGAGAGAUUUGACUGCUAUCAUCAGCUGCUGUGUAAAGAUGGUCUGACUGGUCGCUGUUACUGGGAGGUUGAGAGGAGCAUAUGGGUUCAUAUAUCAGUGAGUUACAGAGGAAUCAGGAGGAGAGGAAACAGUGAUGACUGCAGGUUUGGAUGGAAUGAUCAGUCCUGGAGCCUGGACUGCUCUGAUGGUGGUUACUCUGUCUGGCACAAUAAGAGAAGAACACACCUCUCCUCCUCAUCCUCCUCUGUCUCUGAUAGAGUAGCAGUGUAUGUGGACUGUCCUGCUGGCUCUCUGUCCUUCUACACAGUCUCCUCUGACUCAUUGAUCCACCUCUACACCUUCAACACCACAUUUACUGAACCUCUCUAUCCUGGGUUCUGGUUAGCGUGGCUUGCUUCAGUGUCUCUGUGUUCUCUGUAGGAUGGAAUGUCUCCUGUUUCACAGAAACACUCACACUGCUGACCAACACACACUAUCUCUUUGUAAAUCAAACUCCAACUUACAAGAGAACAAUACAU